GAGAAGAAGAAGAUCAACAUGGUGGAGGAGAGUGGGACCCGCGUGGUUCGCUGCGGCGGCAAUAAAAUCAACUUUAGAGCUCCGAUCAUCUCUAAAGACAGCAGGUUCCUGAUAUGUGCUUCAGGGGAUUUAGUCAAAGUGUUUAGCACCAGCACAGAGGAGUGCGUCCAUGUGCUAGAGGGCCACACAGGCCAAGUGACUGGCGUUGUCUUGAAUCCUGCCAACCACCUCCAGGUCUACUCUUGUUCAGCAGAUGGCACUAUUAGACUGUGGGACUUCAUUGAUGGCAUCCUUAUCAAGACGUUUGUUUUUGGAUUCCCGAUAUUCUCUGUGUAUGUCUCAGAGAAACAUGUUGGAGUCAUUUUUGUUACUAUUCACAUGGAAACUGAGAAACGUGGCGAGAACUUCCAGUUGGUGGCCUUACAUCUUCCCAAAGUGCCGGAGCAAGAGGUGGAAGCAAGAGAGAUGUCUGCUGUUUUGUGUAAUAUCAGCUCCAACCCUGGUUCCACAGCCAUGGGCCGAGGGGGUGAAUAUGUUGCCACUGUUGUGGGUCUCCAGCUCAGCGUGUAUUUCUUCAGGAAGCAGAAGACGUACCGGUUUUCCUUGAAGGCCACUGAUAAGAAAGGUGCCAAAAACGCCUUCACGUGUGUAGCCUGUCAUCCUAAGGAUGACUGCAUCGCUACUGGGCACGAAGACGGCAAGAUCCGUCUCUGGAGAAACUUCAAUCAGAAAAAAGAGUACACAUAUUCCACUCAGCACUGGCACCACGAUGCUGUGAGCGCCUUAUGUUUUACCCCAGAAGGCAUGCACCUGCUGAGUGGUGGCGUGGAGUCUGUGCUCGUCCAAUGGCAUUGUGACGAAGUGAACAAGAAGGAUUUCCUUCCUCGUCUGGGCGGAGCCAUCUCUCAUAUCUGUGUGUCUCCAGAUGGACAGAUGUACAGCACGAGCCACUCGGACAACAAGAUCAACAUCAUUCAUUGCAGCCUGAAACUGUCGGCGGUGAUUCAGGGCCUGGUCAAAGGAAACAUUUGGACGGAUCUGAUGAUCGACCCACGCACCAGGGCUCUGGUGAUGAAUGGAAGGCCGGGACACCUUCAGUUCUACUCUCUACAGCAGGACAAGCAGCUUUACAGUCUGGACAUUGUGCAGCAGGAGUACAUCAAUCAGGAAGGACUGGACCAGUUUGAGGUGAUGAAGGCAGCAUUCAGUGUCGGAGGCACUUGGCUGGCGACGGUAGAGGAGAGGGGACGCAACACAUCAGAUCUGGAGUUUUCUCUGAAACUUUGGGGCUACAAUGAGAAAGCUCAAAGCUUUGAGCUGAACACCACCAUAACGACCGCCCACCAGGACAGGAUUACGUACAUGUGCUUCAGCCCCUCCACAGAGACCACCAUGCUGGUGACCACAGCCUGGGACAACCAGUUUAAAGUCUGGCUACUGGGACCAGACUCGGACACACAGAAGGAGCAGGCGUCCUGGUCAUGUGACUAUGUGGGCAGCUACCAUGGCCUGCAGCCCACUAACUGCUGUUUCUCCAGUGACGGCUCUCUUCUGGCUGUAAGCUUCAAGGAGGUGGUGACCAUCUGGAGUUCAGACACGUGGGGGCUUUUGACCACGCUGUGCCAGCCCCCAGGGCCUAUCAGGGAACUUUGUUUCGGCCGGCUGAGCUGCUCCAAGUACCUGCUCGGCACCACCGCCAAGAACCUCUUCUGCUGGAACCUCCUCACCUGCUCACUGGAAUGGAGCACGCCGAUGGAUGUGUGCUUGCUGCAGUCGGACCCCCUGUCUGAAAACGUGGUGGCCUUUAGCCUCCAUUCUGGAAACACUGACUUGUUUGUUUUCAGACCCAGCGAGCCCCGACCUCUGUUUACUCAGAAGGCCGUGUGUGGUGGAAAAGUGCAGCGCUGCGUCUUUGCUCCGAGGGAAGUGCCUCUGGACAGCUGUGACGAGAGAUUCCAGUGGUUGAACAGAUCCCGUCUUUACUUCCUCACAGAGCUAAUGGAGUUAUUGACGUUUAGUACCAAAGCGGAGGAUGAGAGAAUAUUGAACUCAAGGAAGCAGCUUCUGGUUGACGACAGUGUUGCCGUGACACCAUUCUACCUGUUGCUAGGAAAGCACAGGCAGCAGCAGGAGGAGAAGCAAAGCUCUGUGGUCACUCAGGUGGCAGACAGAGCUCAGCCACCUCAGGCAUCAGUAGCCAUCAAAGAGUUGCUGCACACUCCAGCCCAUGUGCUUCCUGCAGCCUCGUUCCUGUGCUCGAUGUUUGUCAACUCCCUCCUCAUCUCUAACACUGGGAGCAGAGAAGGGAAGGAGGCCUCAGAACAGGACGAAGAAAGUGAGAAAGAGGAAGACGAUUCAGAGGAAGAGAUGGAAACGCAUGACUCCCAACAGGAAGUCCGAACACAGGGCUCAGUGGAAGAGGCGCCACCGCCGCUGUCCAAAGCGGAAGAAAAAGAACUGAGGAGAGUGCGAAAGACUGACUUUAGCUGGGUCACAAGCCUGGCCAGCUCUUAGCCAUGACCCGGUUCACACAGACACACCAUCACCAAUCUCCACGGCUCCAAUGGAAUUAAAAAUAUGUAGGAGUUUCCCUGAUGGGAUCCACAAAUGAGUUCAUAGAGGUAGAAGCUUCAGCUGAGAAUCAUUUUGUAGGCUUGCUUUUAUCGCACCAAAGCCUUUACAAUGAUAAAGCCCCUGGGUAGAACAUGCACUGUAUGUCCAAAAGUGUCCAGACACCACUUCUAAUUAGUGAAUUUAGUUACUCUAAGGUGCACUCAUUGCUUACACUGGCAUUCAGUUAGGCACACAGUCUAUAUUCCCCAUUAAAAAAAAAGCAUAGGACAUUCUGGAGCAGCCACGCAUGAGCGUGAGCCUAAUGUCCAGUGCCAGGCAUCAGCUAAAGAGGUAAAAAGCCUCCCAGCAUUGGGCUGUGGAGCAGUGUAACUGCAUUCUCUGGAGUGAUGGAGCUCCAUCCAGCACCUUUGGAAUGAGCAGGAGUUGUUUAUGAUCCAGAACUAAUGAUCCAGCAUCAGUUCCUGACCUCCCUCAUGCUGUUGAGGCUCAAUUCAAUCAAAUCUACUCAACAAUGUUCCAACAUCGAGUGUAAAGCCAGAAGAGUAGAGGCUGUUACUGCAGCAAAGUGGGAACAAGCUUUACCUUUAGAAGAUAUGCUGGAUGAGCAGGUGUCUUUCAAACUUUUGGAUAUAUAAUGUACAAUAAGGGCAUUUACAGUUCUCUCCAUUCACUGUCAGUAAAGAGUGACGGGCAUUGCCAACUGCUUUAGUUGCAGUCUGGAGCUUGCCACCUUUCCUGACACACGAUCCUUAAAUUAACCGUACUCUGCUUCAAUACAGUGGAGUUGAAUACAAGAUCUGUGGUUUGGUUUAUGUGGAUUGCAACAAUCUGUCUUUUUUUUUUUGUUGUUGUUGUUUUUUAUUGUUUUCUUUUUAUGUCAAAGUACCUGGUGACAGGAUGAGUAGGGAGCUUUAGGGCUUGAGACUUAUUUGUAACACAAGUUGUCAGAACAUCAAACUGAAGGCAUCAAGUGUAAUUUAUAAAGGAUUUUUCGAACAAAAGUAUCUUGUGUUGAUUCUUGCGAAAUCCCUUUUUCCCCCCUCACAUGUUAUCGCUUAACAAAAAAGAAAGGGAAAAAAGAGAAGUGUGACUUCUCUCUUAGCAUUUCUAUUCCCUUUCUCAGCUUGGUCUACAAGUUCAAAGUCAUAGAUGAUCAAGCAGAAUCUGAACUGGGUCCAGACGGUCACAUACCUCUUCUCAUAUAGACGUGCCUUUUGCCAUGUUUUUCCCUUGCAUAAUUGCCAUUGUUUCAAACUGCAAAGGAGUGAAAUUUGUCACCUCAUUGCCAAAUCCUUGGCUACACGUCAUGAGCUUUAAGAUCCCUUCUGAGCCCACUGGUUUUUUAGGGGCUCCAGCCACCGAUGGCCUAUGGCACAGCUGCGAUUUGAACCCAAGCAAACGAGAGCAGUGUUGCACCUUUUUACUUCAUAUAUUGUAUUUUUGUGGCCUUCAGUAUUACAAAUAUUGCACUUUGGGCAGCCUUGGUCCAAAACUAGGGCUCAAUACAGAAUUUGAAACAUUUUCCACAGAUCAGGGCCCUCUUUGCCUUGGUUUGAUUCACUGGCUGAGACGAUCAAGCACAGAUUAGUGCUUUAAGCCCCCCCACUGAGCCCACUCAUUGAAGGCCUCCAACCACUGCUGGCCCACAGCACAGCUGUGAUAUGAACCCAAGCAAUAGAGAGCAGUUCUACGCUGUACUGCUUUUAUUGGGUGCAUCCUCAGGAGAGCACUGGGUUCAUCUUGAACCAUCUGUGAACUCCGUCCCAGAAUGAUGGGGAUGGAAUCUGGGUCAGUGCCCACAUUGACUGAAUCCCCCACUGUUUCGAAGUCAAUUUGAGGAAGUUUUAGCUUUGAGUCAGAGGAGCGUCUCCAUUGAGAAUCCUUGUUAGUAUACAGCUGGGCUUAACCUGUGCUUGGAAGGCUGUUUCCUAGAAAGUUCUUUUCUACCCCUCUAUCACUGCCACUUUAAACAGCUUCAAAGGGUCAAAGAUCCUGAUAUGUCAGUUCCUGCUCUUGAGAAAAGAUCAGGU